CGCGCGUGGCAGCCCCAGUGGGUACCCCCAUGAACGAGCGUCGUGGCCGGGGCUGCCGGGACACCGCGGGGCGCCAUGAGAGCGGGCCACGAGCGGAGCCAGGAGUGUCUCCCGCCAAAGAAGCGGGAACUUGCCGCCGCCAACACUGGCACCGAGGCGGGACGGGCGGGGGGAGCACAAGGCGAGGGCCCCGAGUGGGCCCGCACGGCUCGGCCGGCUCCCGCCGCACCGCGCUACGGUCCUGGCGAGGCACCCGAGGCAGCGGCGGGGCUGACGGUGGACCAGUACGGGAUGCUCUACAAAGUGGCAGCACCACCUGCCACCUUCUCCCCCACGGGCCUGCACCCCGUGGUGAACGUGAGCCCCCUGCCCACCGCCUUCAGCAUGACCUCGCCCAUCAUCCAGCACCCGGCAGUGCCCUUCCCCUCCAUCCACUAUGCACAGAUCCCUUCUGCUUCCCUGCAGCUCAUCGGUUCCCACUACACAGUGCCCUAUGCUGUCCCUCCUGCCUUCCUGCCUAGUCCUCUCCUGUCUCCUUCCACCAACCUCACUGCCUCCCAUGUCCCCCACUUUGUGCCAUAUGCCUCCCUGUUCACGGAAGAAGCUGCUCCUUCCCAGACUACCUCUCCCACCCACAGCUUCAACAAAGCCGCCUCUGCAGCCUCUCCUGGGCAGAUGCCACACCACACUGCGCCCCAACCACUGGACAUGGCACCGGGGAGAAUUCCUGUUUAUUAUCAGAUGUCCCGCCUUCCACCAGGGUACUCAGCCUAUGAGGCACCUGUAGCAGGUGGGAGCCCAGAGUCUCCUCAGCAAGACAGUCAGCUGAGCUCAGAGGUGGCUGCAGCCAACGGUGGGCAGAGGCCCCUGGAGCAAAGUGUGGCCAGGAGGCCCAGUGAGGCUAUGGACUCUGCCAGCAGUGCAGCUGAGGACUGUCUGCCCCCAGGGGCUGCAGCGGGAUGUAUGGGUGAUGGACAGUUCCUUCCAGGUUACCAGAUGCUGGGAAGAGAGAUCUCUGUGCCUACUCACAGGAGCACCCCAGAUGCUGAUCUGGAGGUUCAAAGGGUGGUGGGGGUGUUUGCAUCUCAGGAUUAUCAUGUUCUGGCAGCACAGAGGAAAGAUGACUUGAGCCCUUUGAACCUUUGCCAUAAUAUCCCUGAUGGACAGGGAGAUAUGCUGAGGGACACCACAGACAGGGCUGCAGCUGGGAACAGCCAGUCCCAGAGCCCGUGCAGAGUGUCACCUGAAGAGACUAUUAGACAGAGACAGUUAGCCAAAGGAAUGGUGAUAGCCAAUGGCAAGCAAGUACUUGUUCCCGUUGGAUCUGAGCCUGUCAGGUCUUCCACUUCAGAAGCCCUGAUGAGGGAGAGCCCAGAUGCACAGGCUCGAGGAAAUGUGCUUGAAAAGGAGCUGGCCCAGUUGCAGCCACCCAGCUCCUCACAACUGCCCUCUCACUUCAUGAAAGGAGCCAUCAUCCAGCUGGCGACAGGAGAGCUGAAGCGGGUGGAGGACCUGCAGACUCAAGACUUUGUUCGCAGUGCAGAGAAAGUGUUAAUCAUGUUGGGCUCUGGGUUCAAGGCUGAGCGCUUGCGAGUCAACCUGCGCCUCGUCAUCAAUCGCCUCAAACUGCUGGAGAAAAAAAAGACUGAGUUGGCCCAGAAGGCAAGGAAGGAGAUUGCAGAUUACCUGGCAGCUGGAAAAGAUGAGCGUGCCAGGAUUCGUGUGGAGCACAUCAUCCGCGAAGAUUACCUUGUGGAGGCCAUGGAAAUCCUGGAGCUGUACUGUGAUCUGCUGCUCGCCCGCUUUGGCUUGAUCCAGUCCAUGAAGGAGCUGGACUCUGGCCUGGCAGAGGCAGUAUCGACACUGAUUUGGGCUGCACCACGCCUCCAGUCAGAAGUGGCCGAGUUGAAGAUUGUUGCUGAUCAAUUGUGUGCUAAGUACAGCAAGGAGUAUGGGAAGCUGUGCCGGACAAACCAGAUUGGGACAGUCAAUGACAGGCUGAUGCACAAGCUGAGCGUGGAAGCACCACCUAAGAUCCUGGUGGAGAGAUACCUCAUCGAGAUUGCAAAAAACUACAAUGUGCCCUAUGAGCCUGACUCAGUGGUGAUGGCUGAAGCCCCAGCAGGCGGAGAGGCAGAUCUGAUUGAUGUGGGGUUCACAGAUGAUGUGAAGAAGGGUGGCCAUGGAGGGGGCGGAGGCGGUGGAUUUACAGCCCCAAUGAUAGGUCAUGAUGGGUUAGUACCCAUGCCCGUGAUGAUGCCUAUGCCCAUGCCAACAACAAAUCCACCCUUCUCCUAUCCACCUCCAAAGGGACCGGAGAACUUCAGUGGCCUGCCAGUGGGGACCUACCAGCCUUUCACUAACAUCCACCCACCACCAAUUCCAGCAAACCCGCCCACAUAUGAGUCCAUUGAUGAGCCUAACACUGACAAGGAUCCUGCUGCAUUAGUGCCUGGGCCUGAGCCCAAAACAGAAGCUUCCCCUAAACCAAGUGCUGGAGCUCCCAAUACUGUUGAUAACUUUGUGCUGCCUGAAUUGCCAUCUGUGCCAGACACGCUGCCAACAGCAUCUGCUGGUGCCAACUCAUCUGCCUCAGAAGACAUUGACUUCGAUGAUCUUUCACGGAGAUUUGAGGAGCUGAAGAAGAAAACGUAAAACUUCUUGGGCUGCAGGGGAAGGAGCUGUGACAUCUCUCUGAAACAGACUCCCUUUGCAAUUGGUUUUCUGUAUUAACCUCCAAUGAACGUGCUCUUCUUUUUGAGCUCUCUUCCUGCUGUACUUAAACCAGGUGCUGCUGCUUUCCUGAUCUUUGCUGCUCCAGGAGAUGAACUGUGGGGAAUGCUGUGAGAGUAAGGCAGGGAAGAGCUCUGUCAGUCUGGGUAGCUGUAUGGGAAAGCUGUGCAUGACGUUCUGGCCACUGUUCCUGGCUGCCUCCAUGAUGGCUCCGUGCCCCCCAGUAGAGGCUUUCUCUUGGGGAGCCCUUCCUGGCCUUCAUGGUGUUCUCAGUUGGGUCUGCAGUUUGACGAAGGGUGGCACUGUUUGUCUGAUCCUAUUGAGAAUGUGACCAGCCCCCCAGAGGGCAGAGCUGGACAGGCUCUGCUGCUGCCUCGGGGUUGUGAUGCAGCAGCUUUUCUCCCGGGCGCUGAGCAGUUAUGGACCACUAAGGUGUGGAGGUGAGGUAUGGAGCGUGGUUUGAUGGGAUAUGCAGCAGCACCUUGUUUACCCGAGCCGCAGGCGAGGCAGCCCGGGACUGUAACAGUGCUCCUGUUGGUGGCACUGUCUGCAGCUCUCCCGUAGCU